GGAAGAUAUUGCGAAUCGCCAUCAAAAACAACCAAAACACAAACAGCAACAGAACAGCGACCUUGUUGUUGUUUGGUGGUGCUUCGUGUUGUUGUGGUUGCGUUUGUGUCCCCUCGCUCGCUCGCUCGCUCUCCUUCUUCUCCCCUUGCUUGCUUGCUUGCUUGCUUGCUUGAAGUGGUGUGGUCACCAUGGGGAGUGGGGCAAGCAAGGCAAAGCAGAAGAAACCAGCAAAGCCUUCUGCAGGCAGCCGGCAAAGCAUCCAAGUGCAGCCGAAAGCCAACGACGAACAACAGCAGCAGCAGCAGCAGCAGCAGCAGCAUGAACUGCCUCCGGUGAAAGUGCCCCCUCACGCGGCAUCGCCCAACACCAACCAGCCAGAACAACAACAACAGCAGCAGCAACAGCAGCAGCAACAGCAGCAACAUGUGGGUGGGGAGGAUGAUGAUGUUGGGAGCGCUUCGACGUCAAAGCCACACUCCCGUCGGUCACGGCGAUCAAGCGUCACCAGUGGGUCCAGUGGGCCUGGGUCUCGACCCAGCACACAGCAGCGCCUUGUCACUUCCACCCGCGACGCCGUGCCAGCACACCUUGAACGGCCUGCCAGCCGCGGCCAAGCGAAAAGCGACCCAGCGUCUGCAGAGGCCUCAGGCCCAACAGCGGACGAAUCCCUGGUCCUGCAAGACAUUGAUGCCGGUACUGCAGCAGGCACGACCACUGACACCAACAACAACAACAACGACGACGACAACAACAAUAGCGACAACAAACCCAACAAGGACGAUAACACAGCUGCUGCUGACGGCGGCAAGAAGAAGGCUCGCAAAAAGGCCACGCUCAUGUCCCUGACAGUGGACGGCACAGGUGUUGACGGUGAUGGUGUUGUUGACGAAGGCGACAGUCACUCGCAAUCCACAGAUGUCGCUGCAGCGCCACCGCAUGGCAGUGAUGAUGCAGACACAAACGGGACCGCGACAGCGCCCCGCGACAGCACCAGUACACGCAGCAGCGACAGCAGUAGCAAUGGCGCCAUGCACCGCCCGGUCUCUGCUGUUGCCAUGUCACCAGAUGCCAUGGGAGAGGAGGAGGAGGAGGAGGAUGGUGUCGACUCUGAUGCUGAGUUGACGGUCGAGAGACACGAGCAGGGCGAGGGAAAUGGCGGCGCUGACAGUGGUGGUCAUAGCGGCGAUGGGAUGGUUGCACCAAUCCAAGCCUGGGGUGACGACGGGUCGGCGGCAGCAAUUGGCCAAUCGCGCACAUCCGAAGCGUUUAUCGAGGACUCCGAAGCCAUCUUCAGGGAGUUUGCGGCCAUCAUCUUCCGCCGCGCAGAUUUGAAUGCAAACGCGCGAUUGGACAUGAACGAAUAUGACGCCGUCCUCCGCUCCCCGUCCCUCAACCUCAGCAUCUCAGACGCCGAUGCCAUUGACCUCUUCUAUCAAUACGACCACGAUAAGGACGGCGCCCUCUCGUUCUCGGAGUUUGAACCGCUGCUGAACAUGCUCAUGUGCUGCGCAUACAGCCAGCUCGGCUCAGAGGAGGAGGCGUGGGUGCGGAUUGGAUUCGCUGGGGAGGAGGACGAUGCACUGCCGCUGUUCUUCAACAGGAGGACCGGUACCAUGACAUACACAACCCCGCAGUCAUACAUCAGUCUCGACGAGGACCCAGCGCAGCAGUUUGAGUACUUCACGACGGGCGACGGCAGCAUCGUGACGACGUGCACGGCAGAGGAUGGCACGCGCCACUACCUCGACAUGGACACGCAGUCGUGGGUGCCGGUGACUCCCGAGAUGGAGGCAGAAUUGCAACCGCUCGACAACGGUUAUGAGGACGACAGCGGCGACGUGUGGGCGGCGGGCGGCGGUCACGUCUACGACAGCACACACACGCACGCAGACAAGGGGUCUGGUGCGCAAGGCGGCAUCAGCACGCUGGCCGGCCUCUCGUUCGACACCAUCGAGAACCCAAUCACGGGCGAGUCUGUGUUCACGUGUGUGAGCAAAGAGGAGCGAGACGUGCGGUUCUAUGCGGAUCCAAAGACAUCGCAGCUCAAACCGCUGCCGACGCAGUGGGAGGCCGUCAUCCCAGCAACAGAGCACGCACUCGCACAAAUUGAACAGGCGUUUCCAAAGUGGUCGAACACGCGGGAAAAAGUGCUGGCGCUGCGACUCAACAACUACGACGUUGACAAGACCAUCGAGUGGAUGCGGGAGGAGGGCGCGUUCACGGGCGACGUUGAAGGGGAGCACGGCCAAGGGGCAACAGUGCACGACCUCACGGCUCUCCGCACGCUCAAGGAAAAGCACGAAUCCCUGCAGCAGGAGGCUGCGGAUCUUAACAGACGCGUGCUGGAACUGCAGGCGAAGAUUGAAAACAUUGAGGACGAAAAGGCCGGCGUUGCGCGCGAUCUUGAGAACAGCCGCAAGUUGGUGGAGCGACAGGCGACGCGAAUCUUCAACUUGGAGGAACAACUCGAACAGGCGCAGCGGGAGAGCGUGCACAAGGGCCCGAGUGCUGAGGAUGUGCAGCACUACGAGGACAAGAUCAAGAGCCUGCAGGCACAGCUGGAGAUGACACAACAGGGCAAAGACGAAGCUAUGCAAGGCCUCCUCAAGCAACAGGGUGAGGAGAUGGCCAAGUUGCGUGAGAGCGAAUCGAGAUUACGACAGCAAUUAAAGGAGUCGCAGGUCACCAGCUCCGCCAAAUAUAACAAACUCCACUUUGCUCUCGAGGAGCUCAAGCAACAGAACACGCUGCUGAAGGAAGAGUAUCAUACAAGCGCAGAAGCCUUCCGGCGGCUGCUUGGCAAGUUGAGCAUCUACAAUGCACAGGCAGAGAAGCGACUCACGGCGGCGAUUUCGGGCGAGGAAAUUAUGCGAAACCGCUACCAGAAGGAAUGCCUGCAACGCAAACUCCUCUACAACAAGAUCCAGGAGCUCAGAGGCAACAUUCGCGUGUUCUGCCGCUGCCGCUUUGAUGACCGCGUACCGUGCGUGAUUGAGUUUAUCAGCGACAGCGAACUCAUCGUGCCCCACACAAAGGGAUCCAAGAUGUUUGAGUUUGACAAAGCGUAUGGACCGGAGACAACGCAGGAGCAGGUGUACGAAGACACCUCCCCCAUCAUCACCUCGUGCGUCGAUGGUUACAACGUCUGCUUCCUCGCUUAUGGACAGACUGGCUCGGGCAAGACCUACACCAUGAUGGGAACACCCGACAACCCAGGCGUAAACAGGCGCGCCAUCAGAGAGCUGUUCAACAUCUGCGAAAAGUCGGAAGACGUCGACUACGAGAUGUCGAUUUCACUGAUGGAAAUUUACAAUGAGAACAUCUUCGACCUCCUCGCCGGUGACAACAAACCGCUGCGUAUUCGCAUGGACGAGAAAACGCGCAAUUCAUUUGUGGAGAAUUUGACCGCUCGUCCCGUCAAGCAGAUGGAUGACGUCACAAAGGCCCUGGAGGACGGCGAACAGAACAGAACUGUUGCUGCCACUGCGAUGAACAUUCACAGUUCGCGAAGCCACCUUCUUCUGCAGCUGACGGUGUCCGGCGUGAAUCGAGUCACAGGCGUCACAUCAAAGGGGAAACUGACGCUGUGUGAUCUGGCCGGUUCAGAACGCGUCGCAAAGAGCCAAGCAACAGGUUCACGAUUGGUCGAAGCUGCCGCCAUCAACAAGAGUCUCACGUCCCUCGGUCUCGUCUUCCAAGCGCUGGCGACAAACAGCAAACACGUCCCGUACCGGAACAGCAAAUUGACACACGUGUUGGCGGACUCCCUUGGGGGAGAUGCAAAGACGUGCAUGUUCGUCAACAUCAGUCCUGCCGAGAGCAACAUCACGGAAACGCUCUCCACACUCAACUUUGGACAGGGCAUUGCCAAAAUUGAGAUGGGCCCCGUAAAGCGAAACGUGGGGAAGAAGAGGUCAAAGUGAUGGUGACAUGUUGGAAGAUGGAAUGUGGAAUGGAAUGGCUGGUUUGAGCUGGAGGGAGUGUCGACAAUAUGGUGGGUGAUUGACCAGAGCAUGUUUCUUCUUUUGACCCUGUGCUCCUCGUUACAUUAUGUUUACACAAGCACACAAACAACCCAAUGCACCAUCUCUUGCAAUUGUUUGACGCGUCAUGCUGUUCAGCUGUUCAUUUGCGUUUUGUUGUGCAAAGCACGUUGCCUUUGUCCUUCUGCGACAGUCGUUCAAUGAAUACAUACACUCAACAAGCAAG